AUGGCUCGAACUCAAACGCCCACAAGAGUGUCUAUCUUGGGCAAAGACAGCAUCGUCGUGGAUUACGGGAUUUGGGGAUCAUUCAUCAUUCAAGACUUGCUUCAGAAUCUGUUUUCAACCACGUAUGUUCUAGUCACUGAUACGAAUCUACAUGACGCCUAUGUACCGGCUUUUCAAAAGACAUUUCGUAGCACUGCAGUCUCUUUAGACUUGGACACCCGGCUACUCACAUACCAGAUACCGCCAGGGGAGAAUUCCAAAUCUCGAGAAAUGAAAGCCAGUGUCGAAGAUUGGAUGCUCGCGGAGGAGAGAAGUCCUCCAUGCGACACCAAAACAGUUGUCAUUGCACUCGGUGGAGGUGUCAUUGGAGAUUCGAUUGGCUUUGUCGCGGCAACUUUCAAACGAGGAAUUAGGUUUGUUCAGGUGCCAACAUCGCUCCUUGCUAUGGUAGACUCAUCUAUUGGAGGGAAGACCGCGAUUGAUACGCCAGCAGGUAAGAAUUUGAUUGGAGCGUUCUGGCAGCCUUCUCGAAUCUACAUCGACUUGGAGUUCCUCAACACUUUGCCAACUAGGGAAUUUAUCAAUGGCAUGGCUGAAGUCAUAAAGACUGCUGCUAUCUGGGACGAGGAAGCCUUUGAAGGUCUCGAGUCGAACGCGAAUCGCCUCAUGCAAGCCAUGAAGACGGCUCCGACAACGGAUCAAUCAAGACUUGCUAAUGUGAAAUCAAUACUAAAGGAUGCCGUUAUUGGCUCUGUCCGGAUCAAAGCCCAUGUUGUGUCGGCAGAUGAGAGAGAAGGCGGCCUUCGAAAUCUGCUUAACUUUGGGCAUUCGAUUGGUCAUGCUAUUGAGGGCAUCCUGGCCCCACAUGUUCUUCAUGGAGAAUGUGUCUCGGUCGGCAUGCAUCUUGAAGCAGUGCUCGCUCGCUAUCUGGGAGUUCUGGAUGGAAGCGCUGUGGCAAGAUUGACAAAGUGUCUUGCAUCCUACGAGCUUCCAGUCUCUUUAAAGGACAAAUUAUUGAGACAGCGUUCGAACAAUAAGCAUUGCUCUGUAGACCGAAUUCUCACCAUAAUGGGAGUUGAUAAGAAGAACGAUGGGAGAAAGAAGCGCAUUGUGCUACUUGGAGGAAUUGGCCAAACUCACGAGCGCCAAGCAAGUGUGGUCGCUGAUAGCGACAUUCGAGUAAUACUCUCUUCAGGAGUUAGAGUGACAUCCAGGGUUUUGAAAGGUGUGAAAGUCUCGUGCAUACCUCCUGGUUCCAAGAGUAUAUCAAACAGAGCACUUGUGAUGGCAGCCCUAAGCAAUGGUACAUGCCGUAUUCGCAACCUCCUUCAUUCAGAUGACACCGAAGUGAUGAUGAGUGCUUUGACUGAAUUACAAGGCGCAAGUUUCGUAUGGGAGGACAACGGCCGAAUACUAGCGGUAAAAGGGAAUGGUGGCUGCCUUCAUGCAAGCAGCAAGGCGCUGUAUCUCGGUAACGCAGGGACAGCGUCUAGGUUCUUGACAUCAGUAGCAACACUUGCGAAACCUACUUCACAAAAUCACUCUAUUCUGACGGGCAAUGCGAGAAUGAAGCAGCGACCUAUCGGACCUUUGGUGGAAGCCUUGACAGCCAAUGGAGCAGACAUUGCCUACGUAAAGCAAGACAAAGACGGAAACUAUGUGCCUAAGAGCGAUGAAGAGAGAGCAAGAAAGGAUGGACGUUGUUUACCUCUGAAAAUCACUGCUUCUGAUGGCAUGGCAGGUGGGAACAUUCACUUGAAUGCUAAUGAGUCCUCGCAGUAUGUUUCGUCUAUUUUGAUGUGCGCCCCAAGGGCCAAACGACCUGUCACGUUGAAGAUGGUCGGUGGACCGCCAAUAUCACAGCCUUACAUUGAUAUGACGACCGCCAUGAUGGCCUCUUUCGGCAUUCAAGUUGAGAAGUCUGAAACAGAAGAGCACACAUACCACAUACCAAAGGGUGAAUAUCAAAAUCCAUCGGAAUACACCAUGGAGAGCGACGCGAGCUCAGCUACUUAUCCAUUAGCAAUAGCUGCAAUAUCUGGAACUACUUGCACGGUGCCGAACAUUGGGUCAAGCUCGCUUCAAGGAGAUGCCCAAUUUGCAGUCCAGAUUCUGAAGCCUAUGGGGUGUAAGGUUGACCAGACAGCAACCUCCACGACAGUCACUGGGCCAGUUCGCGGAUCUCUAAAAGCAAUCAAUCAAGUUGACAUGACAACAAUGACUGACGCUUUCUUGACGGCAUCCGUCCUAUCUGCCAUUGCCCAGGGUUCUUCAAUUACAUCCACAACAAGAAUUGUAGGCAUUGCAAACCAACAGAAAAAAGAAUGCGAACGAAUCACAGCCAUGAAAGAUCAAUUAGCAGGGUUCGGCGUCACUUGUCGGCUCUGGCCUGAAGGAAACCUAACACCGGAUGGUAUAGAGAUAGAUGGUAUCGAUAUCGAUAAGCUGCAGGAGCCUUCCCAGGGCGUCCACUGUUACGACGAUCAUAGGGUCGCCAUGAGCUUCAGCGUUCUGGCUACUGCAGCACCGCAAGGUGCCCUGAUCCGAGAGAGGGAAUGUGUAGGCAAGACUUGGCCUGGUUGGUGGGAUACCAUGAAGCAGACAUUCGGAGUCGAGCUUGAAGGGACCGAUCUGGAUCAGCAACAGCCUCAAAGUUCCUCCAAUGGCUCUAAGUCCAUCUUCCUCAUUGGUAUGCGGGGUGCUGGUAAAACCACAGCUGGUAAAUGGGCUGCUAAGAUUUUGGACAGACCAUUCAUAGACUUGGAUUCACAACUCGAGAGUGAAAGCGGUCUCACCAUCCCAGAUAUAAUCGCUAAACAUGGUUGGGAGGGUUUCAGACAGCAGGAGUUAGAAAUGUUACAAAGGGCGACACAAGAUCGAUCUGCACGAAGUAUUUUUGCCUGUGGUGGCGGGAUUGUGGAGCUUCUCGAGGCUCGGAAAAUACUAAUCGACUACCAACGCAAUAGGGGAAUCGUGAUCUUCGUUCAACGCAAUAUCGAAGAUGUGAUGGCUUUCCUGCAAAUUGACAAGACUCGGCCAGCUUACCUGGACGAUAUGGCAGCCGUGUGGGAACGACGAAAGGAUUGGUACGCUGAGUGCAGCAAUUACCAAUACUACAGCCGGCAGACGUCCGAGUCAGCUCUAGACAGGCCGCCGCAAGAUUUUGGAAUUUUCAUGCACAGCGUGGUUGGGAAGGGUCGAUCUCUGAGCGAAAUAGCCAACAGGGAAACCUCGUUCUUUGUCUCACUAACAGCUCCGGACGUCACUAAUGCUCUUGAUGUCCUCUCGAACGUCGUCGUUGGAUCUGAUGCGGUCGAACUUCGGAUAGAUCUGUUAAGAGACGCGACUUCUAAGUCCUCCAUCCCCUCUGUUGAUUUUGUUACUGAGCAGCUCUCGGCCUUAAGAGCCUCUACUACUCUUCCAAUAAUAUUUACCGUCCGGACAGAGAGCCAAGGGGGUAGCUUUCCGGAUUGUAACGAUACAAUAAGCGAAUCUGCUCUGGUUUCUCUUUUGGAUUUUGCAUUGAGAGCAGGUGUCGAAUUCCUAGAUCUAGAGAUGUCUCUGCCUAGUGACCUACUACACAGGAUUGCUGCAGCCAGGAAACACACGAAAAUCAUCGCGUCUCAUCACGAUCCAAAGGGCACGCUAUCUUGGAGUGACCAGUCCUGGGACAAUGUCUAUGCUAAAGCAACGUACUUUGGCGAUGUCGUGAAGCUGGUCGGCGUUGCCAAAAGCCAGGCAGAUAACGACGAUCUACGACAUUUCAGGAAGCGGCUGCAAUCAUUCCCAAAGAAGCCACUGAUCGCUAUCAAUAUGGGUCAAGACGGCCAGCUUAGCCGGAUAGAGAACCUGUUUAUGACGCCAGUAUCCCAUCCUGCGCUUCCUUUCAAGGCUGCGCCUGGACAACUAUCUGCUGCCGAAAUUCGGACGGCCUGGAGCUUGCAUGGUGUGAUCAAACCUCGGACAUAUUUUCUCUUUGGCAAGCCUAUCUCUCAGUCAAGAUCUCCAGCCUUGCAUAACGCUCUGUUCCGAGAAAAUGGACUGUCUGACACCUAUGGCUUACUGGAAACAGACCAAGCCAGCGAUCUCAGAGAUACCUUGUUCUCUGGUGCCUUUGGCGGAGCCUCUGUGACGAUUCCCCUGAAGCUUAAUAUCAUGCAACAUCUCGACGAGAUCAGCGAGGAUGCACGAAUCAUAGGCGCAGUCAAUACGGUGAUCGCUGACAAAACACGCUCUUCGCCCAAGCACGCUGGUCAAUAUCUGAUGGGAACAAACACUGAUUGGCUAGGCAUGAAAUUGGUACUCGAGAUUGCAGGUGCUUCUCCUCAAGCGGGUCAAGCGGGUCUAGUCAUAGGAGGAGGAGGUACGGCACGUGCAGCCAUUUACGUUCUCCAUGCAAUGGGCUACUCGCCAAUCUACGUACUAGGUCGGGAUCUUGCCAAGAUAUCCAGUCUUGUGGCAGGAUUUUCGAAAGAUUACAAUCUCGUGCCAGUCAUAAAAUCGGAAGACUAUAAACAGCCAGAAGCGCCUACUGUAGCAAUAAGUACUAUACCAGCUGAAAAACCUAUUGAUGAACUAAUGUCGACAAUUUUAAGGGAGAACAUAUUGAAAAGCAGCAAAUCUAUCUUACUCGAAAUGGCUUAUAAGCCAGCAGUCACACCGUUGAUGGAAAUGGCACAAGAAGCCGGCUGGACGACUAUACCAGGGUUGGAAGUCCUGGUUGGCCAGGGAAUAUACCAGUUUGAAGCAUGGACCGGAAUAAGGCCUUCCUUCCCACGAGCCCGAGAGGUCGUAGUGAGCAACUAG